AUGUCUGAGAAGACCCUAAUCACACCCACCUCCCUCACAGCCCUUCAUUCAACAACACACAAGGACACCAUCCUCUGCAAGUUUGACAAGCUGAGAAAACGAGAGCUCCUGUGUGACAUCACCCUUAUCGUAGAAGAUGUGCACUUCAAAGCACAUAAGGCCCUGUUGGCCGCCAGCAGUGACUACUUCUCCCUCAUGUUCACUGCUGAGGAGCAGAUCAGCCAGUCUACCUACAGGCUGGACGGCAUGGCGGCGGAGACCUUCGGCGCUGUACUGGAGUUCAUCUACAGUGCCCAGGUAUCUAGGGGUGGAAAUGGGGUUGAUGGAAACGGGGUUCUGUGGAGUGAAAUCCCAGGGGGAAACCAAAAUAAUUUAUACAUUUACAUAAAUGUGCAUUUUACAUUGAAUUCAAGGAGUGUAAUAAUUUGUAUGUGCACUGAAAAUUCAAGGAUCUUUCAUCUGAGAGUGAUUUUCUUCCAUUUCUACCCCUGCAGGUAUCUGUGGAGGAGAGCGUUACAGAGCAGCUACUAGACCUGGCCAGACUCCUAGAGGUUAGUGACCUUGUGAAAGCCCAUGCGGACCAUAACCUGAACAUUACCUAUCCGGGUGUAGAGGGAAGAGGCCUUAGUAACAUCACCUAUCCUGGUUUCGAGGUGAGACCGGAAGUGAAUACAGACGGUGGAGAAGGUAAAGGACUGGGAGGAGGGACAUCGUCAGCGAUGCAGCCUAAACGGAAAAGGGGUCGUCCCAGGAAGAAUGAAGUGGACAUGUCUGUGAAGAUAUUGGAAGAGUCCAAUAAACAGGAAGUAAGAAGUGAUGUCAUCACCAUCCAGGAAGCAGCCAAUGAAAAACAGCAGGUUAUAGUUAAUGAUGUCACAGUAGACUGUGUAGACACUGAAGAAUGUCUGGUUGAGUCACAUGAUAAACUGGCUUCUCCAAUAAGAGAUUCUGAUGAUGCAGACUAUGAUCCUAGAUCAGCCCGUACUAGGCGGCAGAGUAAGAGGAAGAUCAGGCCGCCAGUGAAAUUUAAGGGCUACAGAGUGGGGGACCGGGACGACACUACGUCUGAAUGCAGAGAGCCAGGGAAGAGGGGCAGGAAGAGAAAAUACCCCAACACAGAGGCACGGUGUGAAGACUGUGGGAAAGUGUUCAAAAGCCACCUGUUCUUAAAGAUACACCAAAGAACUCAUACAGGUGAGGCCUGGGACCUCUACUAGUCUCUACCACUUCCAGGAUUUUUUUUAUUGGCUCAUUUCAAUUCAUUAUAAACAGAAUUACUAGCACAUAUUUAUUUCUGACAAGUUCCUCACAGGUGAGGCCUGUGACUAUCCCUCCAAUUAGAUUAAAGCGUAUUCUUUUAUAGGUCUGAGUGAUAAUGUUUUAAAAUGUUCCCACCAGGUGAAAAGCCGUUCAAGUGUUUUGCGUGUGGGAAGAGUUUCACACAGAAGCACACCCUCCUGGUUCACCAGCGGAUGCACACUGGAGAGAAACCCUUCGUCUGUACCGUCUGCUCUAAAGCCCUGUCAACCAAACACUCACUAGUGGAUCACAUGAACCUACACACAGGUUGCCUAUUUGACUGACUUAUAGCUAGUGAUAAUGCUUUACUGUGUUUCUUUGGGUAUACAACUUCAAUCAAAAUGUAUAAAAUGUAUCCCUGUUCAAUUCUGCUUUCAUCUUUCAUAUUCAGAAUAGCUAAAGUAUAAGUUUGCCUUUAAUUAAUUGGACUUGGACUGUUAUUCUCUCUUUUGAAUCCUAGAGGAGAAAUCAUUCAGCUGUGACAAAUGUGGAAAGAUGUUCAGCCAGAAGAGACAACUAAAGAGCCACUACAGGGUCCAUACGGGUAAAUCUUUACCAGAAUGUGCACACUGUCAACGUAGGUUCAUGGAUGCAGCUCAACUGAAGAAGCACAUGAGAACCCACACAGGUAGAGUGAGACGAGGUUGAACUUAUACAAAUUCUAGUGUGUUACUAUGUAAUAAGUUGUUGUUGUUGCUGAUCUUGUUGUUGUUACAGGUGAGAAGCCUUUCACUUGUGAGAUCUGUGGAAAGUGUUUUACAGCCAAGAGCACCUUACAGACGCACAUCAGGAUUCACAGGUGUGAUAUGACUUAUACAAGGUUGAGUUAUUCCACAAGGUCUAGUCAUAGAAUGUAUCUACACCAAUCCUGAGAUGGUGAAAAAAACACCCUUACCGUAUGUUUAUUUGAUUUAUUUUCACAUAAAAUAUGACACAAUGUAUGUGCAUGUGAGGAUGACAAACUCAGAAGGGGCUUAUAACGAACGUGUUCUACACAUGAAGAGCACAACAAAUAUUUACAUUUUACAUUACAUUUUAGUCAUUUAGCAGACGCUCGUAUCCAGAGCGAUUUACAGUUAGUGAGUGCAUACAUUAUUUUUUUAUUUUUCAUACUGGCCCCCCGUGGGAAUCAAACCCACAACCCUGGCGCUGCAAACGCCAUGCUCUACCAACUGAGCUACAUCCCUGCCGGCCAUUCUCUCCCCUACCCUGGACAACGCUGGGCCAAUUGUGCGCCGCCCAAUGGGUCUCCCGGUCGCGGCCGGCUUCGACAAAGCCUGGAUUCGAACCAGGAUCUCUAGUGGCACAGCUAGCACUGCGAUGCAGUUCCUUAGACCACUGCGCCACUCGGGAGAUUGUCUAAUGGUUGUGUUGCAUUGUCAUGGCGACUAAAAUGCUGGUGUAGUGUCCACAGCUGGUGUUGCAGAGCGGACAGGAUAAGCUGCCAAAAUCACUUCCUCUCCUCCAUUUCUUUUCUCCUCUCCCCCUCUUCCUCGUUUUCCCUGAGGGUCUCCAUUUGUCUUUUAUGUAGGUUUACAAGAUAUGGAAGUUCUAAGAAUAAAAUGUAUCUGAAAAGUCCCCAUUAAAACCUCCUAUGCUUCUGUUAUUUAAAUAUGUAUCGAAUGUGUUGAUAUGGCACAUUCUGAAGACAUCAAAGAGAAAAGAGCUCUGCUUAAAAAUACUGUUGGUUUGUACAUUUGGAAACCUGUGCUUUGCUGUAUGCAUAUUAUUUUUAUGCAUCUAAUCUAGUGGUAUCUAAGGUUCAGACUGUAGCAUUUUGAUAAUUGUGAUGUUUGAUUGAAAGGUUUCAGUCUCUGAGCUUCCUUCCUUCUCCUUAGUAAGAUAAUGGUGUCAGGGUCAGUGGUAACAGAGGAAGCUAAUGAUUUGCUUUGGUAUGUCCAGUUGAACUACGACCUCCAGAGCUCUGAUACCCAGCAUCGUCCUCAGGGCCACUCUGCUCAGCUGCUGCAGACUCAAUGGAGUACUUUCAUAAAACUCUAAGCAGAGUGCAGUGGGAGAGCCGGGUUCGAUGUAGUCAAUGGGCUUCUUAUCGUUUUUGUCUAUAUAAAUAUGAAAGAAAAUGUGAUCCAACCCAUAUCCAUUUACCAGUGUUAACAUGUUUGUGUUUCCAGAGGAGAGAAGCCAUAUGUCUGUAACAUCUGCAACAAGUCAUUCUCUGACGCCAGUGCCAGGCGACGUCACGUAGCCUCCCAUACCGGAAAGAAGCCCUUCACCUGCUCCUUCUGCAACCUGUCCUUUGCUCGCCUGGACAACCUGAAGACCCACACCAAAACCCACAACAAGGAGAGCGUAGUCACCAUCACCACCGAGGAGGCCCAGAGCGGGGCUGGGGUGGUGGAGGAGGAGGCUGGGGUCACCACAGGGGCAACGGAGGAGGUAGUUAGGCCAUUUUAAGUGUCACGCCACAAUAUUACAGUAUAAUCGACAAUACAAAUUACAGAUUUCAAAACCACACUAUGGACCACUCAGAGCUUUGUGACACUGUAGGCAAUCAUAGUGAAGUAGGUCAUUGAUAUCAGCUAUAAUACAUGACAUCAUCUAUACACAGGUACGCAGCAUCCUACAGCUCCAGCAGUACCAGCUACCUGGCCACCCAGAGCAGGAGAUACAGCUGGUUGUGACUGGAGAUGUGGAUAACCUCAAUUUUGUGCCCAGUCACUGUGGGCAUGAUCAGGGCAUCAGCAUUAUUACUACAACAGAGGGAGGGGUCUCGGAGGCGGCAGACCAGGCCCAUUCCAGACUGACCCUCCUCACCCAGCCGUCAGGACACAUGCAAAACGUGGCCUUGGUCACACAGGUAAAGUUCCCUAUAUACUGCACUACUAUUGUAGUACACUUUGUAGGGAAUAGGGUGCCAUUUGGGACGCUGACAAUGUAUUGUACAGUCCCCUUGCUUUUAUGCAGGGUUUAUUAUUUUGUUUAUUUGUAUCGUAUUUGGACACACCAGCCAUCAGUACUCAGGUCUAUGUGUGCAGAUGUACAGUAUGUCUAUGUAUCUGUAUUGUCCUAUGCUUGUCCAAUGCUGGGUUUCCCCUCUAGGGCUCAAUAAAGGUAUAGGGCUUUGAGCUUUUGGUUAUUUGAAUGGCGUGUUAAAUCCAAUGUAUUAUUAUUAUUAUUCAAUUCAGGGCAGCGUGGACCAUCACAACCAGCAGAUCCAGACUAUCAGCGUCCUGCAGGACGGACACAUGACCAACGGGGUUGGGGUCGCAGGUCAGCCUGAACAGAUGCAUGUCAUCACUCUAUCCAAGGAGGACAUGGAGCACCUUCAGGCCCACCACGGGCCGCCCCAGCCCCUACACAUAGCACCCAGGCCUGGCUCCCUCCCUGGCCCUGGCUCUGUACAGCAGCUCCACGUCAUGCACCAGCACCAGACCCUCUCUCAGCUGGCUGUCACCCAGGACCAGGGCGCCAUGCUGGGGCAGAUGAGCAGAGAGCAGCAUGGUCAGGCCCAGGCUAUCCACAUCAACAGCCAGAGCAGCCAGCCCAUCUCAAUCAGUCAGACCAGUGAACAGAUCCCAAAUCACCAUAUCCAGGGCCAGACCUUCCAGAUACAGGCUGGUACUGUCUCCUACCUCUACACCACCAGCCUAGCCCCGCCAUAGCCCUGAUACAUGGCCGUAGACGACGCAAAGGAGUCAACAGCCAUGUAUCAGGACUAGCCCAGCCAUAGACUGUAUGGGCACAGCAGAACUGACUGAAGGAGAACCAGUCUGGCCCAACACAAUUGACUUUGCCUUAGUUCACACUCAGGUUGGAAGAUGGAUGUAAAAUGCAUUUGUCACAAUGGUUGUAAAUAAAAUUUAGUUAUGCAGUAAUACCAGGAUGUUGAUAUUGUAUGUCAAGUCACAUAAUGUAAAACAAAUUGUAUUGUGGGGUGGCAUAAAAGCAUUGUUUAUAUUAUGAAGGUAAAAUAGUGCCUUAAGUGUACAAGCAUGUAUGAUUUGCACAUGUAACAUAUGAGUUGCAACUGUUUAAUCUAUUUUUGUAGUUGCAAAAAAUAUUUG